AUGCUCCAAAGAGCUACAGAGAAGGCCGACAAGGGAAGCGUGCGCAUAGUGAAUGUAUCUAGCGACGGGCAUGCUAAAUUGGCCCCGAAAGAGGGUAUAGUCUUUUCGGAUAUGAACAUGAAGAACUUUUCUGUCUGGGCUCGGUACGGCCACUCUAAGCUUGCCAACAUAUUGCAUACGAAAGAACUGGCCAAAAGGUACCCCGACAUUCUUACAUUUUCUUUGCAUCCGGGAACAGUGAAGACGAACUUAUCCGCAGGGCCAAUCUCAUCAACACCGCUCUAUCGGCUGAUUAAACCGCUUAUCGAGCUAGGUACGCCUGGCCCACGGAAAGGGGCAGCGAAUAUCCUCUUUGCUACUGUGUCGCCCAGCUUGAAGAGAGAGGCCGACAAUGGAGCAUACUUGUUGCCAGUUGGAAAGGUUUCGGCGCCAAGUAAAGCUGGGUCAGAUACAAAAAUAGCGGAAACCCUCUGGGACUGGACGGUAAAAGCCCUCAGAAGUCGGGGGUACUGA